AUGCUUCUGUCGGAACUAGUCGCCAAGCUUCCUCCAAGCAUUCGACUGGAUUGGGGAUUGCAUACUCAACGCAUUCCGGACAUUACGUUGAAGGCAUUCAGUGAUUUCGUGUCGUCUAUAAAGGCAGCUGCUUGUCAAGUCACCAUGCCAUUCGAUUCCGGUUCUCAAGACGACGUAGUCCGGACUGGCAGGAAAAAGGAUAAAGGUGGAUAUAUCAACUCACACUCCGCUGAAGUAAACAUCAGAGAUCGUGUAUCAGCAACACCGUCGCAGAAACAGCCAAAGUUAUGCCUGAUGUGCCAACGAGACGACCACAGGAUUAAGCACUGUAAUAAGUUCAGUUCCUUGUCGGUUGCUGAACGAUGGAGCCUGGUGGAGCAACGAAAAAUGUGUCAGCGGUGCCUAACGUGCCAUGGGAAAUGGCCGUGUAGAACCACGCAGCCGUGUGGUAUGGACGGAUGCGACGAUAUGCACCAUAAGCUGUUGCAUCCCGGCAAACCGAAAUUGGCCACCCCCGGGCAUAAAGGACCAAGCUCAUCAGGGAUCGUCACCGCUCAUCGCAGCAAGCAGCCUGGAACCUUUUUCAAGAUUUUACCCGUGACGCUGUCGCAUAGAGGAAAAUCAGUGGCGACGUUCGCCUUUCUCGACGACGGCUCAAACGUUACGCUUCUGGAAAACAGCAUCGCGGACGAGCUCGACCUGGAUGGAGAGGAAAGCUCACUCUGUCUACAAUGGACUAGCAAUGUCACACGAAAAGAGUCUGCUUCGAAACGAGUACAGGUCUGCAUAUCUGGAGGAGACGGGUAA